AUGGGGAUCUUUUUGGACGAGCCCAAGUUUCCCGUGAUCGAUCGCACGCCGUCGUUCGGUCGCACGGUUGGUAACUUCACGUUCAGCGACUACAAGAACGUCGCCACGUUCACCGCCGUGUCGCUACCGUUCGGCUACCUCGCAGGUGGAAGCGCCAGCCUGAGGAAGGGGGCUCAGCAUGUGCUGUGCGGGUACCCUGUAGCUGCACGUCUUCCCCUUCACUCCUCUCGUGUCUUCCUUCCCUGUCCCACCUGCAGCAGGUUGGAGCGCCAACUUGAGGGUUAUCAGCAUGUACUGUGCACGUUCUUUCUGAAUCUGGCCUUCCCUACCUACCCUCCCCAUCCUGUCUCGCCCUUCCCCACCUGCAUCAGGUGGAAGCGCCAACCUGAGGGGUCCCAGCAUGUACUGUGGAAGCGCCAACUUGAGGGGACCCAGCAUGUCGGUAUUCUCGGGCUGAUGGGGGGAUUCAUGUAUGCGUACCAGCAGUCGUCCGGGCGACUCAUGGGCAUGCUGUUCUCCCGUACACGCGCAGUCAUGUGUGCACUGGACAUGCUGAUGAAGAUGCGGGCUGUCAGUGCAGCCCGCGGCCUUGCAGCCAUGGCGAACGCACCCCCAGCUCCACCUGCCCCGCCGGCUCCUCCGGCACCACCUUCUCCGCCUGCUCCUCCCGCACCUCCUGCUCCGCCGUCGCCUCCCGUGCCCCCUUUCCCUUACCCCUUCGAACUUGUGAACGGCGAAGAGGAGCUUGUUGGGCAGAUGGAGCCUGACGCGUCUUCAACCGAUGACGAGGGGAGUGACGGCGCCGCAGCGACCGGUGAAAACCCUACCUUUCCUCUUCCCCAGUUCCCCACUGAUGUGCUGCGCGAUGUCGACCCUGCCGCUGUCUCUCGUGAUGCUGUUACCCCCAAUUCCCGGAAUAUGGUUAACCAGCACAAGCGCCACGCUCGCACCAUGGCAGAGAAGACUGGUUGGCUUGUGAGGAUGAAGGAUGACAUUCUCACGGUGCGCGAAACUGCACGGCUGGCUGGCGUUCAACCAGUGAGCAUCCGCCGUUGGAAGAAGGCGGCAGAAGAGAUGGCGGCGGCGGCAGGCAGUCGUCUGCGGAUUUCUGGUGGCGGACGGCAAGCUCGCUACCCUGACAUGGAACUGUCCGUGUACAAUCAGUUCCUCGCCCACAGGUCAUUCAAGACCUGCGGCAUCACCAACACCCCCGAUGGGCGCGAGGAUUUGAUUCUCGCGCACAUGCGCGAUGGGGCUCAAGUGGAGGUGCACGACGACGUGCACGCGGCGGGGGAGGUUGAGGAGUGGAUCAACCCCAUGUACGCCACUGCCGCGGAGGAGGCCGCGGAGGAGGAGGAGGAGGAGGAGGAGGAGGAGGAGGAGGAGGAGGAGGAGGAGGAGGAGGUGGAUGAGGAGGCACCUGUGGAGGAGGAGGAAGCUAUGGAGGAGGAGGACGGCGAGGACAGCGAGGAGGAGUAG